CUUGCAUCAAGAGUAAAGGAUUCUGUUUUAACCAGAGACUGGCAAAAACUUCUUUCAGGCGAGGAAGUUCUCUAAUCAUCCAAACGAACACGUUUUCUUACACCAACAAGAACAGGUACCAUCCAAACGAACACGUUUUCUUACACCAACAAGAACAGAUCAUUUUCUGGGAAAAUGGCAGAUUUCGACCCGAGUAAAUCCUCUCAGGAUGACGAGUCUGAUUCUGGGAACACUUCGGAAGAUAAAAUGUCAGACGAAGUCAGACGCAGAAAGUCGAAUAAAAGUGGAAAAUCUCCGGACAAACCUAGUCCGGACAAACCUAAUCCGGACAAACCUGAAAGUGAAUCGACAUUAAAGAAGUUUCUUCUAAGAAGAGUGCUACCCGGUGCAGUUCUUGGUGUAACAGCAGUUAUCGCCGCACCUCUGGCUCUGGGUGCGAUUGGUUUUGGUGCAGGUGGCAUUGUGGGUGGUUCUAUGGCUGCUAGUAUGAUGUCGUCUGCUGCAAUUGCAAAUGGCGGUGGUGUUGCAGCCGGAAGCCUUGUGGCAGUUUUACAGUCCGCCGGCGCCGCCGGUAUAAGUGCCGCAGCCAAUGCAGGAAUCUUUACAGCUGUCACAACUGCCACCGCGGGGGCCGCAGAGGUAGGGAGUCGAAUUCAAAACAAAAUACAAGAAAAGUUGAGUGACGACAAACCUAACAACGUUAUGUGAAUAACAAAGCAUUCCUUAAAGAUGUGAUUUUUUCGAGAAGUGUGUUCAUAGCAUAUAUUCAAAAACAAUAAUGAAUUGCUUGACCUGUUUGUAGGCCUGCUGUUUGAUGCAGGAGUCUGAAAUUCUAUUCAUUAUCCACUACGAGUCUAUAAUAUUAUAAAAAGACGUCCAUCACCACCCAGCCCCUCUAUAUAAAAAUAUAGAGGAGGUCUUUUUAUAAAAAUGCAUUUAGUGGCUUAUGGAUAGAAUGUGAGGCUCCUAUGGUUUGAUCCGCUUUUUUUUCGAUUUUUCUUUAAAUAUAAGUAUUAUUUUACACUGUAAUUAAGUUCAAACAAUGAAUUUAGUACAUUUCAAAUGUAUUCCCAGUAUUUUAAUAGGAUAUUCAAUUGUGAGUAACGACCAUUUCAAUAUGGCUCUACUUUUUUCUAGUUAGGGUGAAUUUUACGAGAUAUCUUAUAUAAAAUCAACAUACGUUUGUAAUUUUGUUUUAUCAAAUUAAAACAAAAGAAUUAAAUAACUGAAAAUUUUAAUUGAACAAAGAUUUACUAUGGUUAAAGGAUUAAAGGUAAAUUCGAAAGAUUACUACAACUACCUAUGGAUACCUUUAAAAUGACGUAUAGUGUAAUUGGAUCACGCAAAAUAUUUUAAGAAAAAUACGAAAACAAUCCUGCGGAUAAAACAGUAGAAAAAUAAAUGAAAUCUGCCAUAAGAUCUGCUAAUAUGCAUUUAUAAGAAGUGUUCGAUGAUGCAAUAUGUUGCAACAUGAUUAUUUUCAAUUUUGAAAUAUUGUAUGUAAUUUGUUUGUGUUUAUGCGUACUAAAAUCAUAAUGGAGCAAGAUAUGGUAAAAAAGUGAUUUGUAUCUAACGUGGAACCAUGAUUGAUAUAUUUUGAAAAAGAAGGUGUGACAGUCUUAAUUUACAUUCGAAUUCUCAAAUGAGCCGUGCCAUGAGAAAAUCAACAUAAUGGGUUUGCGACCAGCAUGGAUCCAGACCAGCAUGCGCAUCCGCGCAGUCUGGUCAGGAUCCUUGCUGUUCGCUUUUAAAGCCUACUGCGAUUAGAGAAACCGUUAGCGAACAGCAUGGAUCCUGACCAGACUGCGCGGAUGCGCAGGCUGGUCUGGAUCCAUGCUGGUCGCAAACCCACUAUGUUGAUUUUCUCAUGGCGCGGCUCAAAUAUUCUACAAUAUCUAUUUAGCUUACCGGACUUCCAACUAUUCUGUCUUCCUGUUUUACAAUGUGCAUAUUAUAUAAAAUUUGAUGUGGGAAAAGUUUGAAGAGAUAUAGAGUUUAUACGAAGUUAUGUCUCUCAGAUUUCUGUACAUAGUAGUCUAGCAUUUACUUUGUCUUUCAGUUUUGUUUCGGUUAUAUUUUGCGAUUUUUGUGAAUGGGAAUAAAAUAAAAAAAACAA